AACACUACUUAGCGCAACCCCAGUCCCUUCUUCGCUCUCCUUUUUCCCCUUCUCUUUCUUUCUCUCUCCAAUUUUUACUCAUUAUUUUCUCUAUCUCUCUCUGGAACAUUUCGUCGAGCAGGUGGCGUGCAUCGCCGGCAAACCGCCGGUAACCGGCCAAAACAGCGAAAGCCAAAGACCACCCACUUCAAAACACCGCGUUUCAGAUCGACCCAGGUCAAGAGCUACGUCGUUGCAGCCUUCUUGGAGGUGACAAGAUGAGAAAGAAGGGGUUUUUAGUAUUGGGGUUUAAAUAAAAAAUUGUGUUUAAUUAGAGAAGAAGAGAGAUGGGCAAGGUGGGGUUUGGUGUGGCGGUGGGAAUAGCAGCGGUGUCGUGUGCGGUGGCGGCGGCGGUGGUGGGAAAGAGGGUAAGAAGUAGGAGAAAGUGGAUGAGAGUAGUGGGUGUUUUGAAAGAAUUAGAAGAAGGUUGUGGGACACCUGUUAGUAGAUUGAAGCAUGUUGUUGAUGCCAUGGCUGUUGAGAUGCAUGCUGGUUUAGCUUCUGAACGUGGUUCUAAGCUCAAAAUGUUGCUCACUUUUGUUGAUAAACUUCCCACUGGGAGUGAGAAGGGAAUAUAUUAUGCACUAGAUCUUGGAGGUACUAAUUUUCGGGUCUUGCGGGUUCAGCUAGGAGGAAGAAGAUCCGGCAUUGUUAGACAUGACGUUGAAAGGAAACCCAUUCCUGAACAUUUAAUGACAAGUACUAGUGAGGAUCUGUUUGAUUUCAUUGCAACAUCACUUAAGGCAUUUUUCGAUCAAGAGAAUGUCAAAGAUUCAGAUCUUUCUCCUUCCUCGAGAAGGGAACUUGGUUUUACCUUUUCUUUUCCUGUGAAUCAAACAACAGUUUCUUCUGGAAUUUUGAUGAAAUGGACGAAAGGGUUUUCCAUUCAUGACAUGGUAGGGAAAGAUGUUAGUGAAAGCUUGCACCAAGCAAUGUCAAGACAGGGCCUAAAUAUGCAUAUUGCAGCCUUGGUAAAUGAUACCGUGGGAACUUUGGCACUUGGACAUUAUAAUGACGAGGACACUGUUGCUGCAGUAAUCAUUGGGACUGGAACGAAUGCCUGCUAUUUCGAGCGAGCAGAUGCUAUCAUCAAAUCUCAAGGUUUUCCAGAUUCUUCAGGCGGCAUGGUUGUCAAUAUGGAGUGGGGAAACUUUUGGUCGUCCCAUUUGCCAAGAACUUCUUAUGAUAUUGAGUUAGAUGCAGAGAGCCCUAAUCCGAAUGACCAGGGUUUCGAGAAAAUGAUAUCGGGAAUGUAUCUGGGUGAGAUUGUCAGAAGAGUUAUACUAAGGAUGUCCAAGGAGUCUGACGUAUUCGGACCUAUUUCUUCUAGCCUAUGCAAAGCUUUCAUCUUGAGGACGCCUUUGAUGUCGACAAUGCAUGAAGACGAGUCUCCCGACCUGCAAGAAGUAGCAAGAAUAUUGGACGAGGUUCUUGGGAUUCACGACGUGCCUUUAAAAGUCCGGAAAUUGGUAGUAAACAUAUGUGACGUGGUAACCCGUCGGGCAGCCCGCCUUGCAGCCGCUGGUAUCGUCGGGAUCCUGAAAAAGAUAGGUCGAGACGGGAGUGGUGGAGUUGCUGGCAGCAGAGCCAAAGGCCCUAGCAGCAGCAAUAGGUUAAAGAGAACUGUGGUUGCAGUUGAAGGCGGUCUCUAUUCAAAUUACAGAAUGUUUAGGGAGUACUUGAAUGAUGCCGUGGCCGAGAUUUUGGGGGAGGAACUCGCCCCGUACGUAAUUCUGAAGGUCGCUGAAGACGGGUCGGGCAUUGGAGCUGCUCUGCUCGCGGCCACAUAUUCAUCACCCGAGAAUGUCGAUACGUAAAAAAAAAGAAAAAAAAAAGGUGUGAAAAUGGGGGUUUGCUUGCUUUGCCUUAUACAUAUAAUGUGUGCAUAUAACAUAUAUAUUUACAUAAUAUAAGUAUAGGCCUUUGUACAAAGAUGUAGAAUUCAUUGGGGGUUGAUCCAUAUGUAUUCAAUCAUAUAUGGUAUUGGUUAGUAUAACAGCGGGUUCGGGUUUGGGUCGGGUCUGGUCGGGUCUUGUGCAGCAGUUUAUAGGAGUGUUCUUUCCAUCCAAUUCUUAUUAGUAUAGCACAAGUGUAAUAUUUGGUAAGAUAGUAACAUUUGUUAUUGGGUUGUUUGUAUUGUGUACAUAUAGGACAGGUUCUUAGUCUCAUGGCCUAUUUCUCUCUCUCUCUCUAAAAAGCUCAUUUGUUCAAUAUUCUAUAGUAAUUUUCGACGAUUCAACUUUUUCGUUAACUUUUCUCA